CAGAAUUUCAUCAUAUAUCACAGAGUCACCAUGUUUACUAGUUCGACUUUCUUAAUUCUCUUUGUUGCAGGCACCGCCCUGGGAUGCGGACCACCAGGUACGACCCGUGGAGGAUUUUGUCCGAUCGAUGCCAACGACCCGAUUGUUAAGGAAAUGGCACAUUUUGCUGUGAAAACACACGCAGAAAAGAGCGAUGCCAUCAACAGUGGGGCGAUAACAGUCAGUCAUGCAUCGUCACAGGUUGUGUCUGGAUACAACUACAAGAUGACAGUCACCACAAACUUCAACGGUCAGAUUACCGAGUGCCAUUUCGUGGUAUACGAUCAGUCCUGGACAAAUACACGAGAACUGACUACUGAUGAGUGUCACGUGAUCCAAAAUCAACAUCACCAGGAAGGACGUCUAAUGUUAUUAAAUCUACUUCAUAAAUAA